CUUUCUACUUCACAUGCGACGCAAAGCACUUGCGAUGGAUGAGGAAGCAAAGCCAAAGCUCUUCAGGACGGGGAGAGAGAUGAAGCGACGGAGAGGGGGCGAGGGGGAGAGCCAGUGUACUCAGAAGACCAUCUCGCUGCAGAGCCCCCUCGGGACAAUCCAAGUCAGAGGAUGUGAGGCGGGCGUGCACACCAUGCGGCUCCUAAUGGAUGUCGCACCUGCUGAAAGGAACGACCAGGGCCCCGGGAGCUGUGAGGUCAUCGAUGGCUCUGCGGGGGCGGGGCCUGAGCUGCUGCGCUGCGUGGACUGGCUGCGGGACUACUUCAGGGAUCCAGGGGCCGCCGGGGGCCCCCUGCUCCCGCGGCUCCACCACCCCACCCUGCGAGGAGACUCCUUCUCCAGCCGGGUGCUGAGGACUCUUCUGCAGGAGGUGAGGUUUGGGGAGACCGUCUCCUACAAACGUCUGGCCGAAAUGGCGGGAAACCCCCGCGCCGUGCGGGCGGUGGGAGGAGCCAUGAGGAGGAACCCGGUCCCUCUUGUGAUCCCCUGCCACAGAGUGGUCCCCAGUAGCGGGCCGAGUGGCGCGUACAUGGGGGGCCGGGGCAACCACCUCAAAGUAUGGCUGCUCGCCCACGAGAGACCUGGAGGGUAGCGUCACGUAGGGGCACACACACACACACACACACACGCACACACGCACACGCACACAAAACGAGAACAAAAUGUCAUCAUAAAGACAUAAAGUUUGCCAUGCUUUGCCAGGCCACUAUGGAUGUGUUGUUGAUAUUAUUAGCGGGGAGCGGAUUCUUAAAGUCAGUGAAAUGGCAGCUCGCCCAUGAGAGAAAUAGGAAGGUUAAUGUCCUGCACACAGAAACUCCAAAAGCUAAUAUUAAGUGUCAUGGAGUUUGCCGUGAGCCAGGAUUCUGUGAAGGUUUUUGUUGUAAUUAUAAGAAGUCGUUGAAUUUAACUGAAUGAUAAAAAGGAGGCCAAUCCUUAAAGUCAUGAGAAGCGGGAACACAGAGCGAAACUACCAUAAAAGUCAAAGUUUCCUGUGCGUUGCCAUGACACUAUAAACAUGUUUUUGUACUCAAAUAAUAACAGAAUAGAAUAAAAACGGAAUAACAUAAAGGGGGCUAUUCUUAACGUAAAUAAAGUAUGUAAAGUGCGGUACACAAACAAAAAAACGAAACAAAAAAACAACAACCUUUCAUUCUAAGAGUCCUUAAGUUUAUACCGCAAAUUGCCAGAUACUAUGGAACAACUGGAGGUGAUGGUAAAUAUUCAGCUGCAUAUUUAAAGGAAUAAAGAAAUGAUCUAAGAAUAGAGAAGCUGGCUGGCUAAUGUGAUACGGAGUCGUGGCAGAAUUAGAAUGUACAAAAAUAACCUAAACAGAACACAAGGAAUUACAAACAUAUGUUCCCACGAGUCUCUGUGCUGUUUGCCAGAUAUCGCUGGAAUGGCUUUUCUAAAGAAUUAUUAUUCCUUUAAAAAUAUGUCUCUUGCAUUGUUAUUGUUGUUAUUUUCGUUUAUUAUUUUUUUCCCCCUUUCUUCAGAAUUAGUCUUUGUAACUCUUGUUGUUGUUUUUUUUUUUAAUUUCCUGCCAAGUAAAUGCUUUGUUCGACAUCCAGUACUAAAGGCUGGGAGUUUUACGGCUACAAAGCUUUGUUGUAAGGCGUUGGUUUUGUCUUCAUUUAGAUCUCAUUGUUGCGCUCUGGUCGUUAUUAUCCGUCUAUUAACUAGAGAGGUGAUGCCGCGCAUUUGGAUUAUAAAAGUACAUAUAAUAUGUAUAUGAAUGUUUUUAUUUGUCUUUUUGUCACGCGAUCAAUGCAGUUGUGUUCCUGCUUCCGUUAGGUUUCCACUUUUCAACGUGAUAUUUUUAUUAAAAAAUGUGUAUAAAAUGCCUUUCAUCUUUAA